UGGAGCUCUCUCUCCCACUUAACUAUUACUCUCUCUUCUCUCUAAAUCUCUUUCUUUCUCCUCUUUCUGGGGAACUCAGUUCCACUUUGCGUUGCUGUUUCCUCACAAAAGCUCUCGAGAUCUCUCUCUCUCUCUUCAAAAUGGCAGCUGAAUCGAUUCCAAGGGGAGAUGAGAAAUUACAAACGGAAGUGCCCCUCUUAGACUCAGGGGAGCGAGAUGGAGCUCAGCUCUCCAAAUCUAUCCGCUGUUUAGAGUCCUUUCUAAGGUUCUUUGGCUAUUGUCAAUACUCCUUUUUAAGCUUCUUAAUCUCCUGGCUUUCUUUUCUGAUUCUGGGUGUUGUUCUUCCGGUCUUUAUGAUCAAAUGUUCUGCUUCUGCUUACGUUGAGAAAUACCAGAUCAACAGUUUCGAGUUUCAGAUUUUAGUGUUUCAAUCCCUGGCUUCUGUAAUUUCUCUUGUUUGCAUAUCUCACAAUCUGAGAAAGUAUGGGGUCAGGAAUUUUCUGUUUGUGGAUAGGUCUCAUGGCCAAAGUUCCGAGUUCCGUGACGAAUAUGUAAAGAAGAUUCAUGACUUCUUCUUCUUGUUGGCCGUGUGGGUGUUACCAUGUCUGCUUCUAAAGAUUGUGCUUGAGGUCGUUCGAGUUAUCCAUGUGCAUCGUGAUCCUUGGUGGCAGUCUGUUCUAAUAUCGAUUGCUUUGAUCAUCUCUUGGACUUAUUCCACUAUUAUCUUUUUAUCUGGCUGUGCUUUAUUCAAUCUUUUGUGCAAUGUGCAAGUUAUACACUUUGAAAAUUAUGGGAAGCUUUUGGAAAAGGAUUUGGAUGUUUUAGUUUAUAUCCAGGAACAUAUUCGCCUAACUCAUUAUCUGUCUAAAAUAAGCCACAGGUUCCGAAUAUUUUUCAUUUUUGAGAUCUUGGUGGUAACUGCCUGUCAGAUUGUGGCUUUAUUUCAAACCACAGGAAACAAAGAUAUUAUCACUCUCGCCAAUGGAGGUGACUUUGCAAUUUCUUGCAUAGCUGAGCUUGUUGGGAUAGUUAUUUGCCUGCAUGCAGCUGCGAAAACCACACAUAGAGCUCAAGGUGUUGCAUCUGUUGCUGCCAAAUGGCAUUCUUUAGUUACUUGCAACUCUAAUGAUGCGGUUAUAAAUGGUAACAAUGGAAAUUUGGAGACUCCCAAUUUGGCCAGCUUAUUUCGUGUAGAUUACUCGGAAAGUGAUCUUGAGUCGGUUGAUUACGUGCCAAUGCCAACCGAUAUGCAAUUGACUUCAUCAUAUAACAAGAGACAAGCUUUUGUAACAUACUUGCAGUCAAAUCCUGGUGGUUUUUCUGUUUUUGGAUGGAGGAUUGAACGGACACUCAUCAACACUAUCUUCUUUCUCGAGAUUUCACUUGUUCUUUUUGUGCUCGGGAAGACCGUAACUUUCACUUCCAAGUAGCAAAACUCGGCAAUAUCAACUCUCUUUUGUUCACCCUUUUUUUGUUGUGGACCAUUAAGUUUAUUCUAACAUUUUGAUAUGGUUUUCACAUCACAUGUAUUCAACCAUGACAUCUACGGCUAUGUUUGUUUGUGAGCGUAAUGAAUUUGAGCAUAAUGCGGUGAUGUUUGUUUUUCUUCA